CCACACACACACACACACACACAGCAGCCUCCUGUCUCUGCACCCCGGGGAGUGUGUGUGUGAGAGAGAGAGAGAGAGAGAGAGACAGAGUGUGUGCAACUACUUUCUGUGCUGGAUCUUUAAUCCCCCCGUCCUCAGUCAGCCUCUCUUUUGCUCGGGGAAAGACAACAUGACGGACGCAGCCACCAACAUGAGGCUGAAGCUGCCGAUCAUCUGCUUCAUCCUGCAGAUCAUCCUCAUCAUCCUCUUCGCCACCUUGGUGCAGUACGACCACGACACGGACGCCGCGGCAUGGCACAACGGGAACCACACUUCUGAGUCCGAGAACGACUUCUACUACCGGUACCCGAGUUUCCAGGAUGUGCACGUGAUGAUCUUCAUCGGCUUCGGCUUCCUUAUGACCUUCCUGCAGCGCUAUGGCUUCAGCAGCGUGGGCUUCAACUUCCUUAUCGCAUCAUUCGCCCUGCAGUGGGCCACGCUCAUGCAGGGCUUUUUCCACGGUAUGCAUGGAGGCAAGAUCCACAUCGGGGUGGAGAGCAUGAUCAAUGCUGAUUUCUGCACUGGGGCUGUGCUCAUCUCAUUUGGAGCGGUUCUGGGUAAAACCAGCCCGAUCCAGCUGCUGGUCAUGGCGAUGUUCGAGGUCACACUGUUUGCUAUCAAUGAGUUCAUCCUGCUUUCCGUUCUGGGGGCCAAGGAUGCCGGAGGCUCCAUGACGAUCCACACGUUUGGAGCUUACUUCGGACUUAUGGUGACCCGAGUCCUGUACCGGCCAAACCUGGAUAAGAGCAAACACAGGAACAGCUCGGUGUACCACUCGGACCUGUUCGCCAUGAUCGGUACCAUCUUCCUGUGGAUGUACUGGCCCAGCUUCAACUCUGCAGUCACGGCUCACGGAGACGACCAGCAUCGCACAGCCAUGAACACUUACUACUCCCUGGCCGCCUGCACCAUGGCCACAUACGGCAUGUCCGCCCUCACUGCACACGACGGAAAGCUUGAUAUGGUUCACGUUGAAAAUCGGAGAUUGGCCGGCGGCGUGGCAGAAGGAACAGCCGGAGAGAUGAUGCUAACGCCGUACGGAUCCAUGAUCGUCGGCUUCCUGGCCGGCAUCAUCUCUGUGCUGGGAUUCAAGUUUCUUCAGCCCAUCCUGGAGGAGAAGCUGAAGAUCCAGGACACCUGUGGGGUUAACAAUCUGCACGGCAUGCCCGGCAUCCUGGGAGCAUCGUGGGAGCGGUGGACCGCUGCCGUGGCAACUACAGACGUUUAUGGAAAAGGAAUGGCCGAUGUGUUCCUGACUGCGAGUGGAGAGAUCGGGGCGUCCUAUCAGGGCGUCCGGCAGGCCAUCUCCCUCGCCGUCACUCUGGGCAUCGCCUGCUGGGGGGGUGACACGUUUCUCAUUUCAGGUUUUAUUCUGAAGCUUCCUGUGUUCGGCGCUCCUUCUGACGCCAUCUGCUACGAGGACAGCAUCUACUGGGAGGUGCCCGGAGAGGAGGAGGCUCACGACGGUCAGCUGACUGCUGUGAGGACCACGGAGACUGAGAAGCUCAACAAUUAGACACUCACGCACACACACACGCACACACACACACACACACACACACGCACACACACACACAAGGAGCAUACGUGCAGGACGACAUGACGAUGAAUGUGCUUGUUUUAUGAUUCCCUCGGUGCUCAUACUGUACGUUUGUGUACAGCACUUAGACGCAUUCAUUGCUCAUGCACUCGUAAAUGCUACAGACACACACACACACACACACACACACACACACACACACACACACACACACCACACACACCCACACACCACACCCUUUAGGUUGUUAAAAGUGAGAAUGCACCGUGUUCAUGUCAGCGGCCAAAUGUCUGUUCAUGUAAAAACACAUCUUUUGUUUGCAAAAUAAAAAUAUCUUGCCCUCACAUCAUGAGUAAUGCCGGCUGUGGCCCCAGAGGGGCGCUGUGAGGCUGUGUGUGUGCUGAAGCCAGGCCAAGACUCGCAACACAAUUUAAUGUCAGCGGUCAAUUGAAACCAAAGACAAACUCAUAUUCAGAUCCAGAGUCCUACUCCUGGGGAGAAUUGGUUACAUUUAAAAAAUAAUACAUUUGUAUUUUAAAUAUGGGAUUAAAAUCUGAGGCGUGGAUAUACAUUUUUUUUUUUUUCUUUCUCCUAAUUUUUAGGUUCGGUUUCUUCUGCGAUAUUUUCUUUCUCCUAUUAACUGUUUAUGUUUAGUUAGAUCAUAAAUGUCACUGUUGGUUCUGUUGUGUGCAUUUUGUAUUGUAAUUGUGUGUUGGACCUUUAACCAAUAAAGAUAUGAAAUACAAAAUAAA